ACCCCACGCACACGCUCACUCCCACCACCUCUCAACUUGCACAGAAAUCCCUCUCCUUCCUUCCAAGCAACAUCCCUUUAUCCGACUCCACGCCCUUUCCAUAUAAACACCCACUGCCUCCCCCCUCCUGAACUCACCACCGCAGCCCCAUACAUCGAGAAGAUAGCAAGAAGAACGUCGUCGUCUUCGUUUUGUCAUUCACUCCGAUAUCGAACACUAGCUCCAUCUGUUCUGAAAGGCGCUUGACUACUGUCUGUCGAUUUCACUAUGGUUGCUGACGAUCCUACUCCGUGUCUGAAACCGAUCGUGAUCCGGGACGUCUGGGCUUCUAAUUUGGACUCCGAAUUCGAGCUCAUAAGGGACGUUAUCGACAACUACCCUUUUAUUUCCAUGGAUACCGAGUUCCCCGGCAUGGUUUUCCGACCCCGGUGGAACCCAAAGCCGUACUACCGCCAGCUUCUUCCCUCCGAUCAUUACCGGCUUUUGAAAUCCAACGUUGACGUCCUGAACCUCAUUCAGGUGGGUCUCACGCUCUCCGACGCUUCCGGUAACCUUCCUGAUCUCGGUGGCGGGAACCGUUUCAUCUGGGAGUUUAACUUCAGCGACUUCGAUGUGGCCCGCGACGCCCACUCCCCGGACUCGAUCGAAUUGCUUAGACGGCAGGGGAUUGACUUCGAUAGGAACAGGGAAGAGGGAAUCGACUCCGCCCGGUUUGCCGAGUUGAUGAUGUCGUCGGGACUCGUCUGCAAUGACUCGGUGAGUUGGGUAACGUUCCACAGUGCCUACGACUUCGGGUACCUGGUGAAGAUCCUCACCCGCCGUAGCCUGCCCAGUGGAUUGGAGGAAUUCUUGAAAAUCUUGAGGGUGUUCUUCGGGCAAAGGGUAUAUGACGUCAAGUACCUGAUGAGGUUCUGUCGGAGCUUGUAUGGCGGACUGGACCGGGUCGCUAGAACCCUCGAGGUCGAUCGGGCGGUUGGAAAAUGCCACCAGGCCGGUUCGGACAGUUUGCUAACGUGGCAUGCGUUUCAGAAGAUGAGGGAUAUAUAUUUUGUAAAUGAUGGGCCGGAAAAAUAUGCCGGUGUGUUGUAUGGGAUAGAGGUGUUUUAAAAGUUAAAAA